UUUGCAGAGCCCUCAGAGCCACUCCCUGAGGAGCCCAAACUUGAGGGGAUGGCCUUCCACCACUGCCAUAAGGACCGCAUGCCGGGGGCAGACCUCUCUCCUGAGAGGCUGCGGGCGCGGAGGCAGCUGUGUGCCGCCUGCGCUGUGUGUGUCAUCUUCAUGGCUGGGGAGGUGGUUGGUGGGUAUUUGGCACAUAGCUUGGCCAUUAUGACCGAUGCCGCUCACUUGCUGGCAGAUGUAGGCAGCAUGAUGGGCAGCCUCUUCUCCCUUUGGCUCUCCACUCGGCCAGCCACUCGAAUCAUGACCUUCGGCUGGCACCGCUCAGAGACUCUGGGGGCUUUGGCCUCUGUGUUCUCCCUCUGGAUGGUCACUGGCAUCCUGCUGUACCUGGCCUUCAUCCGCCUGCUGCACAGUGACUACCACAUCGAGGGGGGAGCCAUGCUGAUUACCGCCAGCAUCGCCGUCUGUGCCAAUAUGCUAAUGGCCUUCGUGCUGCACCAGGCUUCGCCCUCCCACAGCCAUGAGUCUAGGGGUACAGAGUAUGCACCGCUGGAGGAGGGGCAAGGAUACCCCUUGCCCCUGGGAAACACCAGUGUUCGGGCUGCCUUUGUGCACGUGCUGGGAGACCUCUUUCAGAGCCUGGGGGUCCUGGCUGCCUCCAUCCUCAUCUACUUCAAGCCUCAGUACAAGGUGGCUGACCCCAUCAGUACAUUCCUCUUCUCUAUCUGCGCCCUUGGAUCCACAGCCCCGACACUUCGAGACGUUCUCCGCAUCCUCAUGGAAGGCUCCCCUCAAAGCGUGGGGUUUGAACCUGUAAGGGACACGCUGCUGUCAGUGCCGGGAGUCCGAGCAAUCCAUGAGCUCCACCUGUGGGCCCUGACGCUGACUUACCAUGUUGUUUCUGCGCACCUGGCUAUCGACUCCACAGCUGACCCUGAAGCUGUCCUGGCUGAAGCCUCAUCCCGGCUCUAUUCCCGGUUUGGAUUCUCCAGCUGCACCCUGCAGGUGGAACGAUACAAGUCUGAGAUGGCCCGGUGUCCACGCUGCCGGGAGCCCCCCCAAGCCUGAGCCUCAGCUCCACUCUCACCCCACUGCCAGGCCUAGGCUCAGCCCUGGACUCUCAGCACCUGCCUCCCCAUCACAGAAGGGACCAUCCUCUCUCCAUCUUCCACCUGCCAAACACCCCAGCCCCUGCCCCCAUGGUCAAGACCAAAGCGUGUAUGAGGGGAAGUGUGUGUUGGGGGGGUCACACUGAAUUGCUGUAAGCGAUUUAGGGGUGUGGGGUGUGUGGAAGCCCCACCAUUCCUGCUCCACAUGGCCUGGAGAGUCAUGCUUGUCCUUUCUGUGCAAUUCAUGUGUCCUUGUGGCAGGCUGGCUGGCUAGCGGGGACAUCUGCCUGUCUGUGUGCUGUUCGUGUGCCUGUGCCUGGGGAGGUCAUCAGGGGCCCACUCCCCAUGUGAUUCCUUGCUCUGUCUAUGCAGGGGCCCCAAAGCCUGCACUUUGUUUGUGUGCCCUAGUCCUGUGGUUUUGUCUGUUGUGUAUGUGUGUUCUUUGAUGCUGUGGCCUGUGUGUCUUUGUGCCUGUGUGGCUGUGCUGGUCCCUGUGAGUCUGCUGUACCUGUGUGUCCAUUUAGGGAUCUGUCUGUCCAUCCCUCUGUUGGUGCUGUAGCCUCAGCUUUCCCCUAGGGAGAGGGAGGACUCCAUUGCAGCUCCACCAAUAAAC